UCCACACACACGCACACACACGCACACACACACCCACACACACACACACACACACACCAGUCAGAGGGAGGCAACCGCUACGAGGAGUCAGAGCCGAACAAUACCCAGAGCCCGGACACACUCCGGGGGAGCACCGGAGGCUUCCCUGCCGUGUAAAGCCAGCCGGAGACAGAGCACAGCAGAGGAGCGGGCAGGGACGUCCAACACCGGCGGGAGGAAUCACCGCCACACGGCCGUUAUAUGUGAACGCCGCCGCGGGAUGAAGGGACUGAGGCGCACACGGAAAUAUGUUUUCCUCUGGGACACAGAACUCAUCUCCUUCCUGAACGGCCCAAUGAAGUGGCAGAAGAAGAUAUUUCUGGCCCUCAUUGUCAUCUGUACUGUCAGUCUUCUGCUGCACCAAGGGGGCCACUUCACCUGGAACAUGGAGGGCUUCCGCUUUGGCUGCUCUCACCUUUCCCCAGGAUCAAAGCUGAAACACACCAACAUUGUCUUCCUGAAGACCCACAAAACGGCCAGCACCACCAUGCAGAACAUCCUGUUUCGUUUUGCAGAGCUCAACAACCUGAUGGUGGGGCUGCCAGUACAAGCAUGUGGUCAUCAGUUCUGCUACCCACAUCCCUUCUCCUCUCACUUCAUCCAUCAGCACACGCUGCGACCAAACGUGAUCACCAACCACAUGCGCUUCAAUAAGACGGCAUUGCAGCGCCUGAUGCCAAAUGAUACGGUGUACAUUACCAUCCUGAGAGAACCAGCCUCCAUGUUUGAAUCCUUGUUUACAUACUACAACCGACACUGUAUGAGUUUCAGGAGAGUCCCGAAUGGCUCUUUGGAAGCGUUCUUGGCGGAGCCCACACGUUACUACAAGCCACAAGAGGUAGACUCCAUGUAUGCACACAACACCUUGACCUUCGACUUGGGUGGAGAGAAAGAUCGUCCGACAAAAGACUUUGCUUAUGCACACAACUUUUUUGCGGAGGUUGAAAAAACGUUCUCCCUGGUGAUGAUUUCCGAAUACUUUGAUGAAUCACUUAUUCUUCUUCGCCAUCUUCUCUCUUGGGAUUUAGAGGACAUCCUGUAUGUCAAGCUGAACAUGCGGACUGAAAGUUCCAAGAAGAGAUUGUCUCCGGGUCUUCCUGAAAAGAUCCGAGCCUGGAAUUCCAUAGACGCAUACCUUUAUGAGUACUUUAAUGCUUCAUUCUGGCUCAAACUGUCAGAUUUGGGUCUAGACUGUGUGGCGAAGGAGGUCCAACUUCUUCGACAGGCACAAGAGAGGCUAAUGAGAAGUUGCUUUGGUGGGAAAAUGCCACUUGCACUCCCAGCUGCAGAGAUCAAGAACAAGGAACUCCGUCCAUGGCAGCCAAGCGACAAAGUUGACAUUGUCGGCUAUGACCUCCCGGUAAAUAUAAGCCUAGAGGCACAGGAGCACUGCUUCAAGUACAUCCUGCCAGAGAUCCCAUACACGCGCAUCCUUCUACAUUCCCAGUCCUUGCUACAUCGUCGAAAAUAUCAGAAUCGGCCUUCACAAAAGUCACACACCCUCCAACAUCACAUGCGCACAACCCUGCCUCGGCAUUCUCAGGUCCACCGCAGCCAACCAGCGCGCUCUGUUGCUCAGAGCCCAAACUCAGGAACAGGGUCCAAAUCUACCGUGAAGCAAAGUGAAGGAACUACGAAGCAAGGGCUUUAAUUCUCAAGCAAAAUGUGAAAAUGUCAUCGGAGCCCAGCAGACUUCACACUUCAACUCAUCCUGGUCCAAUAAAGACUAUGAUGCUCUAUUAAUAAAAUCA